UCUCAGUGGUUGGUUGGGCGGGCGUGCGGGAGGUAAGUGGGGGGUAGGUAUGCAGCAGUUUUGGCAGGAGGUGGAUAGCCCGGCAGAGCGGAGGCUGCUGGCGGCGCUGAGCUGUGCAUUGGUGGGCAUCGGGCCGGUUCUGGCGCUGGUGCUGCGCUGCGUGCAUCUGCCCUACGGCCGCUACACCUCGCUGUACUUCGGGCCCGGCCUGCCCGCCCGCGCCGCCUGGCUCAUGCAGGAGCUGCCCUCGUUCCUUGUGCCGCUGGCCCUCGCCCUCGGCAGUGGCGCCGCCCGCCUGCACCACAGCCCCAACCGCGUCUUGCUGGGGCUCUUCCUGAUGCACUACCUGCACAGAGCACUCAUCUUUCCUUUCUUGAUUCGUGGAGGAAAGCCAACACCACUCAUAAUUUUUUUACUAGCGUUUAUUUUUUGUCUCUUGAAUGGGUAUUUACAAGGUCGGAGCUUAAGUAAUUAUGCAGAAUACCCUUCUGACUGGUUGAAACAUCCUUGUUUCAUUGUAGGAUUUGCAGGAUGGCUGAUUGGUAUGGUAAUCAAUAUUCAUUCUGACCACAUUCUCAGAAGUCUGAGAAAACCAGGGGAAACUGGCUACAAAAUACCAAAAGGAGGAAUGUUUGAAUAUGUUACCGGAGCCAAUUUUUUUGGCGAGAUCCUCGAGUGGUUUGGAUUUGCUUUGGCCUGCUGCACCAUUGAAAGUGCUGGUUUUGCUAUGUGCACACUCUUCAUUCUAGCUUCCCGGGCAAGGCAGCACCAUGAGUGGUACUUGGAAAAAUUUGAAGACUACCCCAAAUCCAGGAAAAUUGUAAUUCCUUUUCUGUAUUGAGCUGUGCCUCACAUAUCCAGCUAGAUUUGAAUGAUGGUGACUGCUGUUCUGAAAAAGUGCUCAGUUCCUAGUCGAUACAUGAUAAGUGUCAUCCAAAUGGAUUUCUUUGAGUGCCAGUAUGUAAAGGCUUUUAACUUCCUAACUUUUGGCUUCAUAAUUGGUAAAAUACAGCUGAUUGGUAAGGAGGUGACAUGAGAAAAGACGGCCCCAGUUUUCCUGGAAGGAGCACAGUGCAAUAAAUAAUAUGGCAAGAGCAUCCUGAUCCUUGUCAUUGGAACUAGCUUACUACAGUGGUGCCCCUCUGUCUCUUGUCUUUCUACCCGCUGGUUCAGCUGUAGCCAAGUACACUGCUUCCAGAAUGCCAGGAUGAGCUACUUGCAUUGCACUAUUUGGAUGCAGUGUUCAUGCAUUAGGCAGCCAUACAACAAUAGACUUUUGUUCAGAAUUAUGGCUACCCUGUAGACAAGUAACAAUAGUGUAGAUGCUACUUGUACUUCCUCUUUCAUACUCAGCUGUGCAAGACACAGACAUAAUAGGCAAAGUAAAGCUGGUUGUGCUACCUAUGCCAGUAUUGGUUAUGAAAAUUGAUUAAGAUUUAUAUAUCUGCUUUUAUGUAUGUGAGUGAUCUCUCAUGUGCUACUUGGUGGGUGGGUUCCCACUAACCUUUAUAAGAGAUACUACUUUCUUCAUUUUCUACCUUCUGUUUUUUCCUAUAUGAAAAAUGUCUUAAUUGGUAACUGUUGUCCUGAAAGCACUUAAAAAUGUGUUUCCUGGGUAUUUCUGAUUGCUGGAUCCUCAGCCUCCUGGGUCUCCUAGAGCAGUUCUCCAUACCCAUGUCUGUUAGGGCCCCUCUAGAUGUUCUGCUAAAGCGUCAUAGGAUCUGAUGCAUGAUCCAUAUAAUUGCAUCUCCUGCCAUGUUACAUAUGGAUGGCAGGAGCUGUGAUUAAGGGAUUCAGCAUCAGACAGGGCUCCCAGCUGCAAGGGAAUACCUUGCUGCACAUGUAAAUAAAAGCUGGAUAGAAACCAGCUAUAAAGUUAUUACAUAUUUUCCAGCUCUAACUCUAUAGUUGGAUGGACUCUUUUUGGUGUGAUUGUUACUUUGCAUAUAUAGCCAGUCUAAAUUAAUUGUGCAAUUACCCAGUUAAUUAUUUAAUACAUGUAACAUGUAGAGGGGGGCCUUUUUGUUUUUAUUUAAAAAGAGUAAGCACUCAGGAAAACCCAAAGAGGAUUUGGCUAUCAAAGCUUUUAUUUUGUGAUUUGUAAUCUUUUUGUUCCAUUUUUCUGACAAUAAAGGUCUGGACAGUGUCUUCCAAAAUACUGGCAUAUUUCUACCUCUUGACUUUUUUACCUUAGCCUCUUCUCCCUCUUUCGCUUCCUUUUCUCUCGUUUCCUCCUUCCUCCUCAGUUUGCUGAAAGGCUUCAGGGAGCUUCAUCCUGUUCAUUGUGAGUUCAGGUACCUUGUUCAAAAAAGCAAUUUGUUGAAUCUUAAAUCUUCCUCCAAGUGUCCUUUAGGCAUUGCUAAAUGGUAAGGUAAAUUUAAUCUAUUUACAAGUAAAUAGAUUAAAUUAUAAGUAAUCUAAAUUCCUCCCUUCCUAAUUGUUAAGUUUCCUGUCUCUUUUCUGUUGUAACACUCCAACUACUCCAAUCACUAUCAUCUUCCAUUGUGAGAGGGAUGAUAAGGCUCCCUAGCCUCACUCAGAGCUUGCCUGCCACAACUUGAGCUGGGAGAAGGAAGAGUAAUUAUUCCCUAAAGAGGAUUUCAAUCAUUGGCCACCCAGGUAGGUUUUAACUGAAUUGGUUCAUUUAUUGUGCAAAGUCUACAGAAGAUAACGAACUGUGUUGGCAAACCCUCUACCCAGAUGCUGUUUCUUCACCAGUCCUUUAAGCUGCUGGUGUUGCCUCAUGCCAGUUUAUGCUUCUAAUCCCCUUUUUAAUUUCUUCUUUCUGUUUCCCCUAAGCCCAUCUUCAGCAGUCCUUGCUGCCUCUGAGACCCUAGGCAAGUGUCCCCACUUCUCACCAGCCAAUCACAGGUUUGUGAUUCCCCAGGUCUUGCACGGUCCUAUCUUGACUGGGAGUCCCCGCACUGGAGAUACUCCAUCAGUUGUCCGCUGUAUUCUCUUCCUUUCUUCAGGUGCCCAGAGGGCAAACUCUUUCUCUGGGUGUCUGUUUUUUAUGUGGUCAGUGGUCGCAUCUGCUUUGAUAUUCCUUGUUCUCUCCUGGUGUGUUAUCUUGAGUUAGCUAUUAAACUUGCCCCUUCUCUAACUCAGGGGCAGGCAAUUAUUUCAGGUGGAGGGCUGCUUACUCAGUUUUGGCAGGCUGUCGAGGGGUGCCCCUCCCCUUGAGGGCCAUCUUGGGACCAAUGUCCCAAUGUCUUUGGUCCCCCCAAGACAGUGGGACACUGGUCCCAUGUCCCAGGGCCAGCACCAGUGGGACCCAAAGUGGGGCACAGGCUGGCAGGGGUCUGUGGGGCCAGACUGGGCUGCACCAGCAUGGAAAGGGGAGAGCUGGCCCAGUUCAAUAGAGCUCCAGCUGGCUGGGACCCUGCGCUCCUGCCACCCUGCUCUGGGCCCCACUGGCACCGGCCCUGGGACACAGGUGUGGGCCCCGUGCUCCCAUGCCCACUCACUCCCAGUGCCCCCCGGCCCUGUGGUACAGGCAGGGAGCAGCAUACAGCCUUGACCCCCUGCUCAUCGACAGAGAAGAGGCUGGUGCUGAGUGCCGGGAAAAGUGGCCCCUCUCCCACCCCGUGGCAUGCGCUCCCUGCUGCAACCACUUGCAGCUCGCAUGGGGCUGUCUGGAGCAGGCACAGGCAGCCCCAGGCAGGCUGAGAGCAGCUGCAGUGUGGGACGCUGGCCAUGGGGUGGGGGAGGGGAGCCCGCCUGAAUGGCAGGACUCUCCCCCCCCCCCCCCCCCCCAGCACUCAGCUUUUCCCUGGGCCACUCUCUUUCCCCAGGGUCCUUCCCUGCCCCCUUACCUGAAGUUCUGGUGCAGGCCAGUCAUGUGGUCCCAGGCCAGAAGCCCUGGCUGGGGCUUCUAGCUGGGGGGGCGGGGCCUGGUGGACUCUGCUGUUGUGGGAGCUCACCAGGCUUCCCCUGGGUCCUACUGCCCUUGGUUCCUGUCAUUUUUGACAAGAACCAAGCGCAGAUAAAUACUAAUUUUUCUAAUUAUUUUUAGGGGCCCCACAGAUAGAAUGGCUUCAUGGGCCAGAUUUUGCCCACCGCUGCUCUAACCCCUUCCCUUCUUAAGCAAUUGAGUCACUCUACCCUCUCUGUGACCCUUGCCCAGUCACCAAGUAACAGGGUUCUCUUCUUUACCCUGUUACAUCUGUAGUAGACAAAACCUGAACCUUUAGUGGGGAAAAAAGGUCAGGAAAGGCAUCAAGUCUUGUUAAACUCUUUUGAUUUCCUUCAUAUCCAUCCUAAAAACCAUUCCUCUCCCCCUCUUUAAUUUAAUCUUGGAAUAUCUGGAUUACCUUUUAAGAUUGAAAGUACUGCCUUGAGAUUCUGUCUAUACUCAAAGCCUUUUCUUAAUUUCAAUGGAUGUUUGAGGCCAUGUGUAUUCUACUUUGGAUCACCCACACUGAGAUUUUAAGCUUCCCCUAAUGCACUGACUCCCCCAAAGGGGUGCAACCCAGUGGGAUCAUGUGUCUCUUUGAUUUACUCAGUUAUUGCUAAUUAAUAGGGACAGAGCUUUACUAGGAUUCUAAUUUUUUUCAUUCCCUAGACUGGGUAUGUAGACACUCAAAGCAGUACAGAGUUCUGUUUGAAUUCUCUUGGACAGGUUCUGGUUCACCUGCUGGCCAACCAAAGUAUAGCUUGAGACCAAUGCUAAAUUUCUUGACUAAAAUGUAGAUUGUUCCCUGCUGAGGGCAUGUGUCCCCCACUAUAGGAAUUGGAGUUAUUUGUUCAUCUUCCUGUGGGAAACCUCCUAUUACGGGGAUGUGUGUGCAUCUAGCAGGGGUUUGACAUUGACUUGAAUACUUAAGAUGUAACAUUAAUCUUAAGAUGCACUUCACUUGUCCACUAUAUGGAUGCUGCCCCUUACAUGCUUCUUUGAACACAUGCACUCUUUUCCUUCUAAUUCAUAGAAUCAUAGGAAAGAAUUCUUAUGGAAUAGGAAAAGCUUCUUACAGAAAAGUUAUUUGUUGAUAAGUUGUAUGGGAUUUAAAUGUUAAUGACUAUCAUAUCCUAUUGUAAUGUAUCAAACUAUGGUUUUAAAUAAAGUGAUAAAUAAAUAAA